AUGCAGGACGGGAAUUGUAUAGCUCGAUCGAUGGCGUCUCCGCCUGAAUCUGAGACCCCUCCGCCUCCCCCUUCUGAUGAGGACUCAUCUCCGCCGCCCUCGGGCUCAUCCUCUUCGCCUCCUCCUUCUUCUCCGCCCCCCUCCUCUCCCCCUCCACCAGCCUCCCCGCCACCAGAGGACUCCCCCUCCCCGCCUCCACCACCCCCACCCUCACCGGCCUCUUCACCCCCGCCAAAAUCAUCCCCGCCUCUUUCACCUCCUCCUCCGAAGUCAUCGUCCUCCCCCUCGCCGCCCCCUCCAUCUGGGUCAUCGAGCCACUCACCUCCACCUCCACCUCCACCUCGGGCCCUCGUGCCACCAAAGUCAUCCUCCCAUUCGUCCCCUUCCACAGGCUCUAGUAGGGCACCAGCACCAGAGAAUGAAAGCUCGUUCAACUUGUCCCAGAAAUUGCCGAUCAUUGUCGGAAUUGCGGUCGGAGCCGGGUUAUUGCUCGUGGUCAUGAUUUUGCUUUGCGUGGUAUGCAGGCGGAAGAAAAAGAAACAGCUCGACACGACAAACUUCUACAGAGAACCUUCUCAUGCAUCAAAAGGCGGUGACUACUACUAUUCGAACCAGAACCAGCAGCAGUCCAACUGGCACGGUGCGCCAGCUGAGCACGUCGUCAAACUUCCGACUCCGCCGGGCAUGCUUCCAACCCCCCCAGGCAGGCAGGCGUCACCACCAGGUGCUCAGGCGGGAACAGCUUCCUCACACAUGAGCUGGCCGCCGCCUCCACCUCCACCUUAUGGCAACAGCAGCGAAAUGAGCUCAGGUGGCUUCUCCAGCUCGCACGGACCACCAAGGCCGCCGCCGCACCCAUCUGUGGCUAUGGGAUUCACCCAGAGCAGCUUCAGCUAUGAGGAACUAGCAGCCGCCACCGGCGGAUUCUCCCAAGAUCAUAUACUGGGCCAGGGCGGAUUUGGGUACGUCUACUUGGGGGUCCUGCCCAACGGGAAGGAGACCGCGGUGAAGUGCCUGAAGGCAGGCAGUGGCCAGGGCGACCGCGAGUUCCAGGCGGAGGUUGAGAUCAUCAGCCGGGUCCACCACCGCCACCUGGUGUCUUUGGUGGGGUACUGUAUCGCCGGUGAUCAGAGGAUUCUGGUCUACGAGUUUGUGCCGAACAAGACACUCGAGUUUCAUCUUCAUGGCAAAGAUCGUCCCACCAUGGAUUGGCCUACUAGGCUCAAAAUUGCAUUGGGAUCAGCCAAAGGGCUUGCUUACUUGCACGAAGAUUGCCAUCCUAAAAUCAUCCACCGGGACAUCAAAGCCGCAAAUAUUCUCUUGGAUCACAAUUUUGAUGCUAAGGUGGCAGAUUUCGGCUUGGCUAAGCUUUCAUCGGACAACUAUACUCAUGUGUCAACUCGAGUGAUGGGAACUUUCGGGUACUUGGCUCCUGAGUAUGCAGCAAGUGGGAAGCUGACCGAGAAAUCAGACACUUUCUCCUUCGGUGUAAUGCUCCUGGAACUGAUCACCGGGCGUCGCCCAGUGGACAUAACCGGAGAACUCAUGGAAGACAGCCUGGUGGACUGGGCUAGGCCACUGAUUGAAAGCACACUGCAACGCGGGGAUUUCGGGGAGUUGGUCGAUCCACGUCUGGAAAACAACUUCGACUCGCAGGAGAUGACUCGCGCGAUCGCCUGUGCUGGAGCCUGCACUCGACAUUCUGCAAAGAGACGACCCAAAAUGAGCCAGGUUGUUCGAGCCUUGGAAGGUGACGCUUCGUUGGAUGACCUGAACACCUGGAACAAAAAGACCCAGAGCUCGAUCUUUGGGGACUCCAGCAGCAGUACUGACAAUGAACCCGGAACGUACAGUGCUGACAUGAAGAAGUUCAGGAAAGUGGCGUUCAAUAGCCAGGAAUACCAGAGCAGCGAGUACGGAGGCACCAGCGAGUACGGCCUCAACCCUUCGUCUUCCUCUUCCAGCAGCAGUGGUGACUCUCAGGAGAUCAAUAGCCGCGCGAAUAAAAAGCGUGCUGCUUGAAGGAAACAAGAGUCUGACAUCUCACAGGGUAGUGAAUGACCAGAAACUUGGACGGCAAGACAACUAUCCCUCUCUGUCUUGCAGUAAGUUUUCUCGGGAAUUUGGGAUUACAUAUAUGACGGAGAGAGCUAAUUUCUUUAGAGCCUACUCGAGGCAUGAAGCGGACGUGCAUAUAAUAUCCUCUAUUUUCACAUCUAUAUAUAUAUAUAUAUGCGAAACUCUCUACUUAACUUUCUUUUUUUAGGUGUAACAGUCUCCGUAUAUACAUAUUUUCGUGCACUAGAGAAAGGAUUGUCGGUCAGGGACAGACUGUCUUAUAACUGCAUAGAGUUGUCAAGGAAACUUAGAGCGUAGCAUCUUCAUCCGUCGUAGCUGUGGGUGUUAUAACAGAGUGUUUGCGAUAUUAUGCUGUAUAAAGACCCUUCAUAAUGCUGCUUUAUCUAGUAUAAGUGUGAUAUUCAAUAGAUAAUUCGCCC